AUGGCGACGUGGACGGCGAGCAGAGCGUGCCUGCAGCGGAGCGCUCAGGUCUUCUGGGCCCUAGCCCUCGCCAGAGGCCCGAUCGCGAUCUGCGCGGACUGCUGGCAGGUGGUCAACGGCCUCUCGCAUCUUGAUCAAGAAUCAAUCCAGCAGUCGGGCCAAUCCUGCGAGACCAGCUUGCGCAAUGAACUGGCAGGCGCCGUGGCGCAGCGCGGGGCGGAGUUGACCAUGGCAGACAUGCGUGACGAGGCCGAGCAGUUCAUGGAGAUCGAGACCUUGUUCAGAAGUGCCUGGCGCAGAGCAGCCGCCAUCGCGCGUGACGCAUGCAAGGGCGCCGGCCCGGCCAUGCAUGAACGACCUCGGCAGGCGCCCAGCAAGGUGUCCCUGGAGCAGCACGGCUACGUCGCCGAGCGCCGCCUCGGCGGCUCGUCCACGGCGGACGUGCUGGUCGUCAGCAGGCUCGGGCAGCCCGGGGAGCUGAGCGUGGUCAAGUCGAUGGCGCUGCGGGGCCUGGACCCCGAGGGAGAUGUACGGAUUUCGCUGCCUCAGGAGAUCAAGAUCCUGAAGCGGCUCCGCCACCCGAGCAUCAUCCGCUACGUCGAGAGCUGGUGGAACGGGGUCGGGCCCGAGAGCGGGCGGCUCACGGUCGUGAUGGAGUUCGCGGAGGACCGGGACCUGCGCGAGCCCGUGAACCCUCCCUGCGCCUCGGCACGGCCAUCGACGACGCGCUGGUGCUGCUGUGGCUGCGCCAGAUGCUGGAGGGCCUGUCGUACGUUCACGGGCAGAACAUCCUCCACAGGGACCUGA